AUGUCAAUGAUAUUUAAUGCAUCGGAAGUUAGUUCAGAAGAUAUCGCAAGAAUGAUGGAAGACAUGGAUGAAUUAGACAGUAGUUUAUUUAACACAUCAAUGAAGAAACAGCAGACCCAUUAUGUAUCGAAGAAUAAAAAUACACGACGACCAAACAAUGAAUCCAAGAGAAAUGUUUCAUUAGAAGAUAUCAACGAAGAUGAUUCUCUCGCUGAUUUAUUAUCAGAAGAGGAAGAUUUCCACAAAAAUUCGAAAUCGUCUACAAUGAAAUCGGAAGGAAACUUCGUGGCAAAUUUAUUCGGGAUAAAAACGAACUCCAUUCCAUCAAAUGUUGCAUUAGGCAUGAAACAUUUUCAGAAUCAAACAAGCUCGAACACUCUGAGCCAAGGAAAUAUCUUAAUAAAAGAUACACCACUUACCAAAAAACAAGAGAUCAAAGAAUCUGAAUUAAGUAAAGGGGAUCGAAUUCAUGACGAAGUUAUUACACCAAAAUUUGUUCAACAUGGUCAGAAUGUCUUCAAUAAUGACGAAGAUGUAAUUACAAAAUUUGCUGACAAACCACCUACUGAAGAGAAAUUACGAAAAUUUGCACUAAUGGAAGAUUUAUUUAGCAACAGACAACGAUUUCCCGUUGAAGAGAAAAGUAAUGUGCUUGAAGAAUCUGCAAAAUUUGGCCAAGAAGCAGCUGGCCACCAACAAGGUCAAAUUGCUACUGAAACGUUAUCGAAAAUAAUCACUCCUGGUUAUGCACCAACAUCUUCCGUACAUCGGGAAUCUAGAAGGGGCAAGAGAGACUCAAUUGUUUUGAAUGACCCUCUUGGAUUACUGGCUUCAUCUUCCUUACACACGGCAGGACACUCACCAGAUGAUAAUGUGGCUGGUUUGAAGGGAAAAUCUGCUUCAUUGCCGAAACCAUCAGGAAAUAGUAUACACCUGCCUAAGGAAUUACCAAAGUGGUUAGAUGGUUCAACAAAUGAAGAGAAUGACAUGAAAGUGAAGUCCGAAAAGGUGUGCGAAACGAAGAUCUCGGAGAAUAUGCCAAGUGAAGCUACAUCGCAAGAGGCCCCUAACGUUGAAGCAUCACAGCAACUUUUAACUUCACUUAACAAUGUCUUGCAAACUCCUUCAUACCCUCCCGGUAUUUCGAGGUUAAUUGGGGAACAAGUUAAUCAACAAGUAGCGAUAACAUCAAUGCAGCAAGAGGACCAUGAACUACAAACAGCGACAGCAUUAUCUAAUCAACACCAACAAUUAAACCGUCUAUUACAGCAUCAAAAAGUAGUUCUUAUAGAACAAGAGAAACAGUUUAACGUCCUUAUUCAACAACAGAUAGAACAACAAGCUUUGUUCGACACUCAGUUAAAGGCACAGCAAAAUCGCAUCAGGAACCAUAUUCAGGCGCUCAUAGAACAGCCUACACCCUUACCAGUGGUGUUAAUGUCGAACGAAAUGGAAAUAUAUAAUAAUACGAAAGGUGUUAGAGAACAUUCCAUGGAUGCGCAGCCAGAGAAUCUAUUACAAAAACUGCAAUCAGAAAAGAUUUACUUGGAAAAUAUUUUGGAAAGUUUGGAAGAAAAACAUGAGAAAGAAAUAUCUAUUCUACAAGAAUCGUGCAAGAAACAAGUUGCAUUCCUUCAGGAAGCCAUGGACAAAUUGGAAACUCGAAUGCGUCAAGAAAUAAAACACAUCGAGGUUGAUUACGAGACGAAAAUGGAAAAAAUGAUAGAGCAUCGACGAAAUGCUGAAAUGUUUUACAUGGAAAAAGUUGAAGCUCUAAAGAAGGAGCACGAUAAUCAUCUUAAUGAUGUCCAUGAUCAUUACAAGAAAAAUAUUGAAUUUCUACAUAAAGGUUACACUGAAAUGAUAGAAAAGAUAACCGAGUUGAAGAAACUGGAACAUCGAACCAUGGACUAUUUCUCGAAGAACAGCGUUGACCUUGGGAACGUACUUCAAAAAGUUGAAUUUAUUGUCGAUGAAGUACAUAAAUUGCAGCAGAAGUUAGAUCACGAAGAGAACAAAUUCGUUAAAAAUAGGAUUACUUCUUUGAGCAAGGAAGAAGAAAAUUUAGAUAUGCUAAAGAAACAGCUCAAAACGCAAAAGGAUGACCUUGAAAUCUGUCGAAAAGAACUAGGAGAGGCAGCGCGAAGACUAGAGUUCAAUGCUACAUAUUUGAUGGACGAAUUCAAGAAGAGAAGUUCUGCAUACAGCAGCUCCGAAGAAACACUGAAGACAAGGGAAGAAGCUUUGCUACGGGAGAAAGAAUUGCGUCAAGAGCAAAUGCAAUGGGAGCGACAUCAUCUUCAGUUAGAAGCAGCACUGAAGGUCGCACAGGAAGCAGCUGCUGAUGCUGCCAAGGAAAAGGAGAGAUGGCAUUACCAAAUCAACGAGUUAGAAUCUCGCCGUCGUCAAAUAGAAGAAAAGGAAAGUCAUCUCGUGCUACGUGCCAAAGAACUUGAAAAUCUAACCCAGUCUGCUUUAGCGAAAAGGGUCGAAGGUCUCCAAGCUCUGAAAAAUGCUCAGCAUAUUCAAGAACAACACGACAAGAAAAUAGCUCAGCUUCAAAUGCAGCUUGAAAUUCUUGCCCAGAGGGAAACAGAAUUUUCCAUUGGAAAUGUACUACCAAGGAAAUCAUUGGCCUUAAAAGGGAAUAAGGCAGAGAAACCAGGAAAGGAUAUAAUAAAUACUAAUACUCAACGCACAUUUACUGCCGAACAACCCGAUGAAGUUGAUUCAAGAAAUGGACUUAGCACACAUUUUCAGGAUUGGCAAGUUGAGAAGCUGCCAGUCGAACUAUAUGACCGACAGCCGUUUGGAUUCCGAGUAGGCCAAUUCGAUAUGGGCCAAACGAAUUAG